UAAAUAAUGGUGGUGUAGAAGUCCAAGAUGUCGUCUGAAGUUCUGUUUAAAGUGUUGAUUAUUGGAGAUGCUCUGGUUGGUAAAACCUCCUUUGUACAAAAAUACGUACAUGGUAACCCUAGAAGAGAAUACAAGCCAACUAUUGGAGUGGAUUUUGCUUUGAAAGUUAUACGAUGGUCAGAUGAUAUGACAGUUCGGCUGCAGCUGUGGGACAUUGCAGGUCAGGAGAGAUUUACAUCAAUGACACGAGUCUACUACAAAGGCGCAGCAGCAUGUGUCAUAAUGUUUGACUUAACAAGUCCACAUACAUUCUACAGUACUAUAAGAUGGAAACAAGACUUGGAUAGUAAAUGUACACUGCCUGGAGGCAGGACUAUACCAUGUAUAUUAGCAGGCAAUAAGAGUGACUUGACUUCACGACCUGUUCCCAAAGAGACCAUUGACAAAAUCUGUAAAGAGCAUUCAUUUCUUGGUUGGACAGAAAUGUCAGUAAAAGACGACUCAAAUGUGUCAGAAAGCAUGGAGUAUUUAAUCAAAGAACUUGUUCAGAACCAUCUAGCGGAGCUCGACCAAACGGACGGGGACGGCGAUGGAAGCGUUGAUAGAGGUGGAUUCAUUCAGUUGACAAACCCCAAAGCUCAAACCGAAAGACGAUUAUGCUGUUGACACUAGUUAGAAUAUAUACAAUUAUUAGCUCUAAAGCUAUAUAUUCUCAUUAUAUUAUAAUUAUUGAAGCAGAAUAAUCAAUAGAAAAUCUGUUUUUCUUGUCGAUAGUUAGCAAAAGAAACAAUGCGUUCGAUUUUUUCAUUAGUUUCGCUAUUCUUUUUAUACUCUGUAGAAGUGCUGUCAUAUUUUACAGCUACAGGCCCGUAGGCUGCCUAGGGGUUCGUUUUUUCAUAAUGCGGACUAAAUUAACUCAAUGCACAGCAUAGUGUGUAAGAAAUGGCAGCUACUAUGAGCAGUUCAUACAAAUGUCAAAAAUAAUKAAUAACAAAAGAAUUUUAAAAUAGAACGAUAGAAAAAGAGAAACACCGGACCGAAACCMCCAGCCUACAGGUCUGAUUUAUAUAAGUCACUGUCUUUUAACCAGAACAAUCCUGAGGGACAAACCGAUGAUCAUGGAGAAUAAUUUCUUUCCAUAUACGUUAUGUACAUUUAAUGUCAUCGUUAUGAUGCAUAUUUCGGUGAACUAUUUCACACGCUUAUUAUACUGACAUUCAUCUGUAAUGUGUUAUUUGGAUAACUUCCAGAGAGUUUACUGGUACAGUUUACGCUAGUUGUAUCGACGCAACACUCGCAUACACUAAACGGUCUGUUUUUUUUUUUCUUGAUAUAUAGGUUUUUUAAAAACAAAUACUUUUUUGCUUUUCGUUGUAAAGGGGUGUAAAUUAUAGGUAUUUUAUAAUUGCAGAAUUUAUUGUCAUGUUGUGUUCUUAUUAUUAAGAACACCUGUAGCUCUUUUCGCACUAUUUCUCCAUUUURCUAAUGCAUGUCUUGUCCAGUGAUCACAAUAUCAAUUCAUAUACAAUCUUCAAAGUAUCAUUACUGCAUUGGUGUUAAAGAAAUCAAUAAUUUCCAGGGUAUGAGCCUGAAGAAUGUAAGGACAUUAUUUAGUUGGUCACACUAWCAUAUCUCUCCUUGUUUUAAGUAUCGACUGUACAAACGUGUUUACAUGUUAGCUAAAAUGCAUAAAAGUCAGAUUUCAAGCCAAAAGAAAAUCAACUCUGAAUACCGAAAAGAACUUAGGGACUUAUUUCUAUGAUUGUUUACAUUUUCUUUUAUGACAACGUCCUCUUAUUGCAAAGGUGUAUCUAAGGACGCUUUCCAUCAGUCAGAAGUGGCUGGUCAGUCGAAAAGACAAUACAGACAGAAAAAAAAAUUAUACAUUACUAUUAUGGACAAUUGAAAAAAAAUUACUGAAAAAUACCGUCAAAAGCCGUUAUAUACUACUAUAUAAGUGUUAUGGUAAAGUGGUUUUCCGUCAACCAUGAAAAGAAAUAGACCAACUACUUUAGUACCAAUAAGUAAUAGACUAGUCAAUAUAACUUUUAGACAUAUAAACUAUAAACGAAUAGCUAACAAACAACAGACUAGUUUGAAUAAAUUAAGCGUUACUUUAGUUUAAUUAGUUACCAUAACAAAACUGACCAUUAAAAUUUAAAAUAAAAAACUUGUUUUUGUGAUGAA